UUUGACUUUCGUGCGCUACCGUCAACACACUUCAAGGUCGUCGAAGCUUAACUUGAUGUCUGAUGGUGAAUAUAUCGCUGAUGGUCCUUUAAUUGACCUGGCUGGAGUAGACUGGAGGGAAGAUUUAUUGCCUUUUGAACUUAUUUUGGUUGAACCAAAUUCUCUUCCUGAUCCUGAACCACAACUUUUUGGUGGUCAACGGUAUUCUGAAGUUCCGAGUUCAGACACUUUUGAUAGUAUUCGCUGGAAUGAGCUUGAUCUAGAGAGUCUUCUUUUACAUCUCAAUCCCCCACUUUCUUUCUAAUCAUUAUCACAACCACAGUGUUGAUAUUUAUUAGCUUUGCAUUAAUUAUGACGGUGACAUGGUCAAAGUUAAUAUGUCAAGCUGAAAAGUUGCUCGGAGGUCCAGCUCCAUUUAUUAAUUUAAGCUCUGUAUUAUCUUCUGAAGCUGGUUCGUUGGCAUCUCGAGCACGUCGACUAGCAGCAAAUGUUAAUCACCCAUUUUUCUCAACUGUACGCUCUUGUCUUCGAGGCAAAUCUGUCAAUAACUUAUUUUCAAUUUCCUCUGCUAUAUCAGACCGUCUUUUAUCACCCAUAACAUCUGAACGUCCUUCUGGUGGACUGAUUAUACUUUAGUUGGUCAGUCGUAUACCAUUCCAACAAUUUCAACAAAAUUGUGCAAUCAACACCGAAGUCUUGCCGAAAUAUUUGAAACAGUUCACACUGCAGUGGCUAUUCACAAAAGUCUGGUCGAUUUAGACGACUCGGAUCGAAACAUUGAUGAUCAUGAAACAUGGCUUAAAAAUAUGGAGGUGGCUAAUAAAUUAGCUACCUUAUCGGGCGACGUGCUGCUUGCAUCAGUUUCUACCAGUUUGGCUAGACUUCAUCAUGCUAAAGUUGUUGAUGUAAUAUCAGAAGCAAUCGGAAAUAUGAUGGAAGCUGAAUUUCAUGAAUUGGUUAUCAACCUUGUUAAAGAUCACAGUGAUUUUCAGUACAAAGUCGAAAAGGAUUUUGAUGGUGAUUCGAUUCAAAUGUUGGACGGGACAUAUACGUCACCAGCAGAUAAAUGGCUCUCCUUUGUGCAGUUAUCACGCGGCGCUCUUUUAGGUAGCUGUUGUGAGGCUGCUUUACUUCUCAUCGAAAGACAUAUAUCUAGUCUUUCUUCCACACCAAACAAAGUGAAUCCAAGCUGGAGUGAUAUAUCAUCAGUAGUGAAAUGUUUUGGAUCAACAUGGGCAUGUUUGACACGAUUAACUGAAGAAAGAGAGCAUAUUCAGCGUACAUGGUUAAGCAAUCAAACUGCUAAUACUUACUGGUCAGCGAAAGGAGUACAAUUUAUGAAAAGAAACACAUCCACAAUUCCGUCAAUUAUUCCGCAGUAUUCCGAAUUCGGUUUAAGUGAACCAACGUUUGCAGAUGCAAUACUCUCGUGUUCUACAUCGAGAACUCAUCAUAAACUGCGAGAUAUCAUUGAUGAAGUGUUGUUAGAAUAUAAUCAUUUUGGGCGUGAACUAGCUGAGAAAUUACGUGAAUAUUUUGCUCAAAUUGUUUCUAAGGCUGAACAGCUGAAUGGUAAUCAUGAUGGUAAUAAUAACAGCAAUGAUAAUAAUCAUUUACUAGAAGUUGAAAAUUCAUCCGGUCUACGGUUACUGGGCAACAUGGUAGAUAAACUUAUUAGUGACUCUAAUUGUUGUUAAUGAAAGAUUAUUAGUGUAUUCUAUUCUCCCACUCCUACCCCCGUCCUUAUUCCUUGUUCCACUACUGAAAUAUAAUAAUCUUGCGAAUCUUUA